UACUUUAUUGAAAGCUUACCUGGGGAGUGGUUUUAACUCCUCUGGGGUUAAGAAAGAUUAUUUUUCCUCUCAAAACCAAAGGUGGAGCUAGGGUAAAGGAGUUGAAUCUGAACUAGCAUCCUUGUCUGUUCUGUUUUGACCUGGGAAGUUCACAAGAAGAGAAACCUCCGUGGAAGAGAGAGGAGGCUACAGGUCCAGAAGGUGAGGGACCACUGCCUGUAUUACAGCACCUUGCAUGUUUUCACUGAAAACCCAAACUAAUUAAUAGCAGCACACCUAGAACAACUGAAGUCACGUGGAUGCCCGAAGGCCGUAGAAAAGAAUGAGCUACUACGGCAGCAGCUAUCCAAUCGUAAGCGUGGACCCCAAAUACCCCGGCUACCCCCCGGAGCACGUUAUAGCGGAGAAGCGAAGAGCACGAAGGAGGCUGCUUCACAAGGACGGCAGCUGCAACGUGUACUUCAAGCACAUUUUUGGAGAGUGGGGGAGCUACGUGGUGGACAUUUUCACCACUCUGGUGGACACCAAGUGGCGCCACAUGUUUGUGAUCUUUUCUUUGUCCUACAUUCUCUCCUGGUUGAUAUUCGGCUCCAUCUUCUGGCUGAUCGCCUUUCAGCACGGAGAUCUGUUAAACGAGCCCGACGUCACGCCUUGUGUGGACAACGUCCAUUCCUUCACCGGGGCGUUUUUAUUCUCCCUGGAGACGCAGACCACCAUCGGUUACGGUUACCGCUGUGUCACGGAAGAAUGUUCUGUGGCUGUGCUCAUGGUGAUCCUUCAGUCCAUCUUGAGCUGCAUCAUCAACACCUUCAUCAUCGGCGCUGCCUUGGCCAAAAUGGCAACGGCCCGGAAGAGAGCCCAGACCAUUCGGUUUAGCUAUUUCGCCCUCGUUGGCAUGAGAGACGGGAAGCUUUGCCUCAUGUGGCGCAUCGGGGAUUUCCGACCCAACCACGUGGUAGAGGGCACCGUGAGAGCCCAGCUGCUCCGCUACACGGAGGACAGCGAAGGGCGGAUGACAAUGGCAUUUAAGGACCUAAGGUUAGUCAAUGACCAGAUCAUCCUUGUCACACCCGUCACGAUCGUUCAUGAAAUCGACCCCGAGAGCCCCCUGUACGCCCUUGACCGCAAAGCCGUGGCCAAAGAUAACUUUGAGAUUUUGGUGACCUUUAUCUAUACCGGUGAUUCUACCGGAACGUGCCACCAAUCCAGAAGUUCCUACGUGCCUCGAGAAAUUCUCUGGGGCCAUCGGUUUAAUGACGUCCUAGAAGUGAAGCGGAAGUAUUACAAGGUGAACUGCUUACAGUUCGAGGGCAGCGUGGAAGUCUACGCGCCCUUCUGCAGCGCCAAACAGCUGGACUGGAAAGACCAGCAGCUCCACAACCUGGAAAAAGCCCCGCCGGUCCGGGGAGCCGGCCCGUCGGACACCAAGGUCAGAAGAAGGUCGUUUAGUGCCGUUGCUGUUGUCAGCAGCUGUGAAAACCCUGAGGAGACCACCGGCUCUGCCACGGAUGAAUGUAAGGAAGCACCCUAUCAGAAAGCUCUCCUGACUUUAAACAGAAUCUCCGUAGAAUCCCAGAUGUAGUCCUAAGUGAUAAGAACAAGGGCUAGUACUCACUCCUCUUUACUCGCUAGCCAGUCACCUUAAGGCAAGUAGUUAUUAAGGGAGCUUUUAAAGAAGGGUAGAGCUAUCUUUGAUGGUGAUGGAAGAUUAAAAGAGCAGGUUAAACUGGGUAAAAGAUAUCUAAAAAUAACAUAGCAUCUGAUUGCUUAAUUUUUGGGGGGGGGGUUAGAAAAUUUGGAUUAGGGAUGCUAUUAAGAAGCCUAAUUAGUUAAUUCAAAUUUCAUCUCCCUUGUAUUAUUCUGUAGACUCAUCAAUUGGGGGCAUAAUAUUCAAUAAUGGGGGACAAAGGUAGGAUACUGGAAUAAAUAAUAAUAGAAAGUAGAACAGGAAAACAGCACGAAUGAUACAUUUUUCAGCGUAUCCAAAUCCAUAAUAUAAUGAGUGGUUACCUAUAAGAACAUCGUAUCGUGUAACCAGGAUACGCAAGGUAUGCAUUCAGUGGAUUGUACUAUUGAAAUAGUUAACCAUGAAAUCAGCUGGCCCCUUCAAGUCACAAUGUUUGUCCCCCAUUGUGUCGCGGUAUCAGCUGGCGGGGGUAGUGGCUGUAGGAAAUAAACAGUGCCCCUGAUUCAGACAGUUCCUCCAUUGCCACUCGCCCAGGGAAGGAUCAAGAAGUGCUAGAGCCAUUUUUCUCUCUCAUCCACGAGGCAGAAGAGUAGUCGGCAUUUGUUGUUCAGAGAGCUGUUUCUCUCCUAAAGGCCCUGGUUGAUGCUAAUGAAUGGCUUUACGUGGAAGAGCAGAAACAAGGCAGACAUGAGCUUUGUGAAGUCUGUGACGGGGUUUCUUACACACGCCUCCCUCCACCUUUUCUGGGGACAAGAAUGAGGAACAGAAUGGUAGAGCCGGGGUGAGGGAAGGGGUAGGUCGACGUUCUCAGACUCUUUGGGGUAAACAAGUUCCUGGUCCAGAGAGACCGGGGCUUUGGCCGAAGACAUGGAACUUUUUAUUUUGUCACUUGCUGGAGCUGGUUAGAGGCGGAGGGGGUGGGGAGACCGUGAAGGGAAAGGUAUUUAUUUUGUCUGUGUUUCCUGUCUUGGUCACUGUAGAAACAUAAAUAACUUGAAUUGUGGAUUUUAAGAAACUCUUCCAUUGAAUUUGGAACAAUCAUUUAAAUUAAAGCUUUUGUGAAAUAUAA